AUGACGUCCGUCACCCUUACAGCGGUGCACGCUGAACGUGGCUGCCGGUUCGGUGCCUGCCUCCUUCGAGACCGGAAGCGCAGUGUGGCCCGGAACACGUCAAGCGCAGGGAGCCCCUUGCAGCAGCUCCCGUCCCCGUCCCCGUCCCCGCGGGAGCUCAUCCUCUCAGGAGGAAAGGCCGCUCCGCCGGCCACCGAGCCGCCCCGCAGCAUCUCGGCUCCCCGCGCGCCGCCGCCACUGCCAGAACGCGGACCGCACUCGAGGGCCCGCAGGCCACGGCGCCCUCUCUGCGCCUGCGGCCUCCCUCCCUGCUGCACCCCCGUGGACUUUGCGCCCCAUGCCGCUGUCUGGCACCCCCGCUUGCUGCAGGUGCUGAUCCCGCGCCCGGACUCCCAGUUUCCCUGCGACCCGGCCUCCUGGCCUCCUUCAGCCCCCAGGACCAGCCAGGCGAUGUCCAACCCCAAGCCGGCCGAUGGCGAGCUGAGAGACGCAGUGGCCACGACUCCCAAGACUCCAGCGGUGCCUGCCCGGCGUGCGGCCGUGUCCCGCGGGCUCCAGGAGUUCUGA